CGAAGUAUCUUUUGUAUUUUAACAUAUGCCAGUUAAUGUUACACUGCGACGACAACGAUACAUAAUUGUGAUGCUAAUGUGGGCAAAAAUGCCUGUGGGAUAACUGGAUAAGAAGAGUUUGUAAAAUUUCCGUUUCGCUGCAUCAAUUUCAAGCAUAAUCUCCAUAUCACAGGCCAGACCAGAAGAAACCCAUCAAUCAAAAAAUGGCACUGAGAGUUCAUCUCCUAACGCCGGUCCAUUUCCGGCGACAUCCGAUGGUCUCCCGCCCCGCCGCAUCGCAUCGCAGAGUCUCGUGCGCCAGCGCCGACAGGAGGAGCGACUCGGAGUUAGCCCUAGAUUUGGCCGCGGAGGUGGGGCGGGUCAAAGCGCGCGCGUUCCGGAAGCAGGAGGCUCUGAGGAAGAGCAAGGAGAUGCUGUUCAUGGAGCUCUGCGGUUACAUGGGCUGCAAUUCGGAGGAGGCGAAGAAGCGAUUGGGGAGAACCGGCGAGGAGGAAAGGUUCGUUUUGAUCAAAGGGUUCGUUGAAGAUUGGGCUCUCCGCUUUCAUCCCCUCUCUGCCAGGUCCGUUAUGCAAUUGGUCGAUGAGUACUUGGCCGAGAACUCUUCUUCUUCUUCAUCUUCUUUGUCUUCUCCUAGAUUGUUCCCCAUUCUCAGAAAACUGUUGGGGGUUUUCCAGCAACAAAUAUAAUAGAACUGUUGAAAAUUGUACUCUAUUCGUCUCGAUUUAGUUCUCUCUGAAUUGAUUGUGUGAUAAUUGUUUGGACAAAAUCAAUGUUUGAAACUGUUUUCUUCUUUAAUAAGUUGCAGCCAUUAUAGAAUGGAUGAAGCAGAGAACUAGAAGAGAUAGAUAAGUCUUAGUACUUAGUAUUGAGUAAUAAACAUGUUACUCUGAUGAAGAAAGCAUUUGCAAUUUU